UCUCUCAGUGGAAAGUGAAAGCCUUAAUAUUUUCCUGCUAUUUGUCCAAAGUCUUGAUGCUUUGAGAUCCAUAUUUUUAUGAACUAUUUUUGGUGAAAAGGUAAAACAAUGGCAGUUGAUUUAGGGUUGUUAUUAACGGGAAAGAUGAAUAGUACUAUAACAUCAUUAGGCACCUCUGAGCAUUCUGCUGUUGUGAACAUGAAUCUGUUUGUUGCUCUCCUCUGUGGUUGUAUCAUUCUUGGUCAUCUUUUCGAAGAAAGCCGUUGGAUGAAUGAAUCUAUCACUGCCCUUGUCAUUGGUCUUUGCACUGGUGCUAUUAUCUUAAUAAGCACUGGAGGAAGAAAUUCACAUCUUUUUGUGUUUAGUGAAGAUCUUUUCUUUAUUUAUCUUCUUCCACCCAUCAUCUUUAAUGCCGGGUUCCAGGUAAAGAAGAAACAAUUUUUUCGCAAUUUCAUGACCAUCGUUCUAUUUGGUGCUAUUGGUACUGGAAUAUCCUUCACCAUCAUAUCAUUUGGAGCUAUAAACAUUUUCAAAAGAAUGAAUGUUGGUUCUCUUGACCUAGGAGACUUUCUUGCAAUAGGAGCGAUAUUUUCUGCAACAGAUUCUGUAUGCACUUUGCAGGUUCUCAAUCAAGAUGAAACCCCUUUAUUAUAUAGUUUGGUGUUUGGGGAAGGCGUCGUGAAUGAUGCUACAUCAAUCGUGAUAUUCAAUGCAGUCCAAAACUUUGAUUUAUCUCGGAUCACAACAAGUGAUGCAUUUAAUUUAAUUGGAAAUUUCUUCUAUUUAUUUGUAACAAGCACGGUCCUAGGAGCUGGUGCGGGCCUACUAAGUGCUUAUGUUAUAAAAAGGCUAUACUUUGGAAGGCAUUCAACUGAUCGAGAAGUUGCUAUCAUGAUUUUAAUGGCUUAUCUUUCAUAUAUGCUAGCUGAAUUAUUCUAUUUGAGUGGCAUUCUCACGGUGUUCUUCUGUGGAAUUGUAAUGUCGCAUUACACCUGGCAUAAUGUCACAGAGAAAUCAAGAGUCACUACCAAGCAUGCUUUUGCAACAUUGUCAUUUAUUUCGGAGUUAUUUAUCUUUCUGUAUGUUGGUAUGGAUGCUUUGGAUAUUGAAAAGUGGAGCUUUGUACAAGACAGCCCUGGAAAAUCAAUUGGAGUUAGUGCUAUUCUGUUGGGGCUGGUCUUAGUUGGAAGGGCGUGCUUCGUUUUUCCGCUAUCAUGUUUAUCCAACUUGACAAAGAAGAAUGCAAACGAGAAAAUCACUUUUAGGCAGCAAGUCUUAAUUUGGUGGGCUGGUCUUAUGAGAGGUGCUGUUUCUAUGGCCCUUGCCUAUAAUCAGUUCACACGACUAGGCCACACACAAUUGCGUGGGAACGCGAUCAUGAUUACAAGUACCAUCACUGUUGUUCUUUUCAGCACAAUAGUAUUUGGACUAAUUACAAAGCCUCUAGUGAGACUAUUACUGCCACCAUCCAGAAACAUGACCCGAAUGCUAUCCUCAGAACCAACCAGCCCUAAGUCCUUCAUCAUUCCUUUAUUAGGAAACCAUCGUGACCCAGAAGCUACACCAGGCCAAAAAGGGUCUGUACUCCACCCAUCUAGUCUACGUGUCCUCCUUGCAACACCUUCGCACACAGUCCACUACUACUGGAGAAAGUUUGAUGAUGCCUUCAUGCGUCCAGUUUUUGGUGGUCGUGGUUUUGUCCCCUAUAAUCCGGGAACACCUACAGAAGAAAGUGUUCAUAAUUUGAUCCCUGAAGAAGGUAGCAACUAACAAGACUCCUUUUCUAGAUGGUGCUUAGAUUAAAGAUUUUUAGGCAGACAGGAGGCAAGUAGGUAGCAAAGUAAGUGUUGAUUUUGACUCAUUUUUGGUUGAUGUAAAUUGUGUUUUUUUUUUCUUCUAAAAUUGCAUUUAAUUGUUUCUGUGUCAUGCAUGAGCCUUUGAGUUUGUAUUUUUGAUUACAUACACUG